AUGUUUUUCAUUCACCCUCAUUUUCUUCAUCCUUUUUCUCUCACUCUCUCAUCUUUUUCUGUCACUCACUCAUUUUCUUCAUUUUUUUCUUUCACUGUCUCUUUUAUUUCUUCAUCCUUUUUCAUUCACUGCCACUUUCUUCAUUUUUUCUUUCUCUCUCUCUCUCUCUUUUUUCUUCGUCUUCUUUCUUUCAAAUACAUCAUUUACGUUUGUCAACUGAACGAACAGACCACCUCCCAUGUUAUAACGCAAUUCCUCUCCCCCUUUGUUUUACGCCUUCUCUUCUUCUUCUUUUUUUCAAUUUCUAUCUCCUCUCUCUGUAUUUGUGACUUCAUUCGAUUUCUGUUCCUAGCGUUUUCGUUUGUAUACAAGAAUACGACAAUUACGUCUGUCAUUCGGCCUUCAAUUUUCUCCCAUUCUGAUAUUCUCACGUUCUUUCGUUCUCUCAUUCUGCCACACUAUUUUUUCUUUCUUUCUUUCUUUCUUUCUUUCUUUCUUUCUUUCUUUCUUUCUAACACCAUUCUUUCUUUCUUUCUUUCUUUCUUUCUUUCCAACACCAUACUUUAUUCUUUCUUUCUUUCUUUCUUUCUUUUUUUCGAUCACCAUUCUUUCUUUCUUUCUUUUUUUCCAACAUCAUACUCUUUCUUUCUUUCUUUCUUUCUUUCUUUCUUUCCAACAUCAUACUUUUUUCUUUCUUUCUUUCUUUCUUUCUUUCCAACAUCAUACUUUUUCUUUCUUUCUUUAUGUAUUUCUUUCUUUCUUUCUUUCUUUUUUGUAACUCCAUUCUUUCUUUCUUUCUUUCUUUCUUUCUUUCUUUCUUUCUUUCUUUCCUUCCAACAUCAUACUUUAUCUUUCUUUCUUUCUCUAUUUCUUUCUUUAUUUCUUUCUUUCUAA